AACCUUUGUCAAAUCUUCUCUCUCUCUCUCUCUCUCUCUCUCUCUCUCUCUCUCUCUCUCUCUCUCUAGAUUUUGUGUCCGUGUACUGUAUUAACUUCGUUUUCCUCAGGUAGGUUUUCUUGGAAAAGAAAACCCAACAAGUAUAUAGUUGAAUAUCAAUAAGAAAGAGUUUAGAGUUCAAAUAUUCUGAAUUGCAUGAUGGAAGUGGAACCUGUAGAUCUAAGCGGGUUGGAUCGGAUUAUUAAAAACCAGAUCGCCACUCAUCCUCUUUAUCCAAACCUACUCUCUGCUUAUAUACAAUGUCAACAGGUUGGAGCACCGACAGAAAUUGCAUCCCUUCUUGAAGAAAUAGGGCGUGAAACUCACCAACCUCUUUCUCUCCGUCAGAUAGGAGAUGAUCCUGACCUUGAUCACUUCAUGGAAUCAUACUGCCAAAUUCUUCAUAAAUACAAAGAGGAGUUGUCCAAGCCUUUCAACGAAGCCACAAUAUUUUUGUGUAAUAUUGAAUCACAACUUACCCAACUCUGCAAGGGUACGAUAACAAUCUCAUCAUCGGAUUUUAACAACCCAGCUUCAGAUCAUGAGGCAUCAGAGGAUGAAAUGAGUUGUGUAAAGGUUGAAGGAUCAGUAGAAGGUGGUCAUGGCACAAUAUGUUCAGGCAAUAAAGAGCUUAAAGAAAUGCUACUUCGUAAGUAUGGUGGUUAUCUUAGCAGUUUGAGAAAGGAAUUUCUAAAGAAAAGGAAAAAGGGUAAACUACCAAAGGAUGCCAGAAAAACAUUGAUGGAGUGGUGGAAUGUUCACUAUAGGUGGCCUUAUCCCAUGGAGGAGGAGAAAUUGCAGCUAUCAGAAAUGACAGGACUUGAUAUAAAGCAGAUAAAUAAUUGGUUCAUAAAUCAGAGGAAAAGGCACUGGAAACCAUCUGAAGAUAUGCGAUUUGCCAUUAUGGAAGGUGUAAGUGGCACAGCAGGAGGAGGACAUCUCUAAUUUUAUUGGUCCAUUCUUGUUUCAAAGUUUACCCUCUGCUUGCUUGCUUGCAUAUGUUGCUUAGUAGAACUCGUUCAGCUUGUAUACUCAUUUGCCAUCAAAAUGUUAGCAGUUAUAUGUGAUAUGGAUAAUGGAUCCAUGUUUCAGUCACAAUCUCAUUAUUUUAUGACAAUACGUUAAAUUUGUAUAGCUAUGUGCAAAGUUGAUGUUAGUUUGAGGAUAAACCUGCUAAAUGAAUGCACAAAUAACUAUCCUUGAAUUUAGCACCAUAAGCCAUCUUCAGUGAUGAUGUUCAUUUA